AUGGCGACUGGGAUUGAAAUGCUGCUCCUUACCCUCUUUUGUUUAACUUCUCUGAUCAGCGGCAUCCAUGCAGGCUUUUCUUCUCAACUGUUUACAUUCAGAAGUGACCCUCAGAGCAGAACUGCUAGUAGCCCUACAGGAUAUACACGUAUCGAGUGUGGCCUCCGACCAUCUUACGAGUCCUUUCUGGAGACUGGCAAGAGGAUCACAGCGGGGAGGUACGCCAAGGCUGGGGAGUUCCCGUGGCACGUGAGCAUCCAGAGCAACGGGAAACAUAUCUGCGGCGGCACCAUCAUCAGUGCAUUGUGGAUUUUAACUGCGGCCCAUUGCUUUGCCAAAGAGGUGCCACCAGAUCUCACUGUUGUCGUGGGGGGAACUGACGUCAGCCUCCCGCUCGAAGAACAUAAACCGGACAGCUUGAUCCUCCACGAAAACUUUGACAGAAUGAGCAUGGAAAAUGAUAUCGCUCUGGUCCUGCUCAGCGCUCCCAUCGAGUUCAGUGAUGAGAAAAUCCCCGUCUGCUUGCCCUUCAUGUAUGACACCAAUACGUGGCAACACUGCUGGGUUGCUGGGUGGGGAAGCACGAAUGGAGCAUCCCGCGUGCUGCAGAAAGCGCGGAUGAAGCUCAUCAGCAGGGAGCAGUGCUUGGAGCGCAUCCCCGAGCUGGUGGAGAACGUGCUGUGUGCUGAGCUGGAGAAAGGAGAAAGAGGCGCCUGCCAGGUGGACAGCGGGGGACCUCUGGUUUGCAGCUACUGGAACACCAUGAAGUGGUUUCAGGUUGGCAUCGUCAGCUGGGGAGAAGAUUGUGCAGAAAAGCCAAACCAUGAGAUCUUAACAUCUGUUUACAGCUACCGAGGCUGGAUCGAGACCGAGACAGCCAUAAGGGGGAAACCUUUCUUCAUUGAAGGCAUGGAUAACAAUGGAAAUGCCAGGGUGGUUCCUUCCAGGGCUGAGACACAUCUGGUGUUUCUUGAGUAUUCUUUCCUUUUAUUUAUCUCUUUCAUAGCAUUUAGAUUACUCUAG